GUUGUCGCCUGUGUCCAAUGACUUCAAAUGAAGAUGAUGCUGUUAUUACUGAAGACGGCCUUAAGGCUUAUUUUAAACAGCCUAGAUUUUUUUAUUGAUCAUUUUAUUGAUCAUUUUAUACAAUAACAAUACGCUACAAAUAUGCCAAAAGCGCCUACUAGUUCCAGUUAUUGACAAACAAGUGGUAAACAAUUCUAUAUGCCUAAAUGCUGUCUUGAAAAGUUUCUACAAAUAGUCUAUGUUGUGUAUUAUAUAUAAAAUCGUGUAUGGACACUAUGAUGCUGUAGCAUAAUUAGAAAAAGAGAUUAUGCAGCGGACCAAGAGUAAACAAUUCAUCUAAAUGCCAUAUUUUAACCGUACAUUUGUAUAUUUGAUUGUUGUCACCUUUUGUAUUACUACAUGUAUUUGCUCUUUCCAUAUAUGUUCUUACAAUUUGUACUCAUACAAAUAGGCGCUUCCAUGACGUCUCCGUAUUUCCGUUUGCCGGUGUUCAGCUUCCGGUCCCCUUAUUCUUUCUUCACGUACGUACAAGGCGAAUCCGACGUAUCAGUGUUGAAAAUGAGCUCCGGGUCCACCUGUGCUGUUGCUGGCUGCUACAACAACUCAAAAAAGCUGAAGAGUUUUCAAGACAAUUUUUGUAUAGAUCACCAAAAGAUUCGUAGUGAAUGUCCGUGUCCGGCGCCGUACGCGUUACACUCAAUGCCGAGGAAUGAUGAGAGGAAACAGGCCUGGCUUGCGGCUCUGAAAUUAAAAACCCCUCCGAAGAGAGUUUACGUGUGCUCCUUUCAUUUUGUGGAUAAAAGGCCCACGGAACUGCAUCCUGAUCCGGAGCUUUACCUGGGCCACAAUCAUAGUCGCCGUGAUCAAAACAAACGAAAACAAAUUCAAGCCGCUGAUGGACUUGGUGAGAAGAUGUCAGAAGACGCUGUGCGUCAGACGCGCAGUCAAAAGCGGGCGCUGGAGCGAGAUGCCCCCGCCGCAGACCCAGACUUAAAAAGGGUUAAACUGGAAGCUGUUGAUGGACUGAAGACCAGAAGCGAACAGGCCAACAAGGUGGCCAACAUCCUGAGGGCCGGAGAGGUGAAGGCCACCAUCAAGGUGGAGGUGCAGACCAGUGACGAGCCCAUGGACAUGAGCACAUCCAAGAGUGAUAUAAAGAAAGAGCGACCUCCGACGCCAGAUGAUGUCAUUGUUCUGUCGGACAAUGAGCCUUCUAGUCCUUGUAUGAAUGGGGUCAUCCACAGUUUUAAGAAGAUGGAUACCGAGAUGCUAAUGAAGAGCAGCCCAUCCGAGCGUGAACGCAUCAUCAAGCAGCUGCAAGAAGAACUGCGUCUGCAGGAGGCCAAACUCGUCCUACUGAAGAAACUUCGGCAAAGUCAGACCCAAAAAGAUGGCGUACAAAAGUCAACCAAUUCUGUGGCUGCUCCUCCACCUCUUGUCAGAGGCAGCAUCUCAUCCACUAAAGGACCCCUACAGGUCUCCAACCGAAACUCAGGGACAGUCAUUCCUCCUCCUCUGGUUCGAGGUGGAGUGCAGGGCUCCAAGCACGGCUCCCAUAAUACAGUAGUCAUGCCACCCUUAGUCAGAGGCUCACAGCCCAUCGCAGUGACCCCACAGCAGAUUGCGACCCUGAGGCAGCAGCAGCAACAGCACUCUGGUUCUGGUCCUCCUCCUCUACUGCUGGGCCCACGGACCUCUGUACCCAGCGUGCAGGUACAGGGCCAGAGAAUCAUCCAACAGGGCUUGAUCCGUGUGGCCAAUGUUGCCAAUGCCAGUGUCCUCGUCCCACAGGCAUCCCCAACUGGUUUAAAAAUAUCCUCUCAAUCUGGCUUGGGCACCAGCACAUCCUCUGUCAAUGACUCUCCCGCCAGCCGUCAGGCCGCUGCCAAGCUUGCAUUACGAAAACAGUUGGAGAAAACCCUACUUGAGAUCCCGCCACCUAAACCACCAGCACCGGAGCUCAAUUUCCUGCCCUCUGCAGCCAAUAAUGAGUUCAUUUACCUGGUGGGGCUGGAGAUGGUGGUCCAGAACCUUCUAGAUACACUGGCUAAAAGUAAGCAGCCGCAGGCCGAGUUUGUGUCCACCCUGGCACCUAAGGAACCCUUCACAUGUGCCCAGUGCCAGACAGACUUCACGUCUCGCUGGAGACAAGAAAAGAGCAACAGCUCCACCCUGUGCGAGCAGUGCAUGAGCUCCAACCAGAAGAAAGUGCUGAAGGCGGAGCAUACAAGCCGUCUGAAGGCCGCCUUUGUCAAAGCCCUGCAGCAGGAGCAGGAGAUCGAGCAGCGCAUUCUGCAGCAGGCCGCUUCACCCGUCUCAAAGACCACCACCCCCUCAUCUUCAUCCUCCUCAUCCUCACCUGUGAUUAAAUCAGAACACAUGCUGGUGUCGCCACAGUAUAAGCAGGUUCGCACGUCUCUGCCACAGCAGCAGAGCAACAGGGCAACAUUGGUCGGCCGCUACCACACCACCAUCAAACAGAACCAAGGACAGCUGUCACGCAGCGUACAGCAGGCCUUAAACACGGGCGUACGCGGGGUGAGCCACAGCUGCUCCACGUCAUCUCAGCUCCAGAAUGCCGUCACGGCUGCCGUGCUAGUUAGCAGGCCAGGUAAGCAUGCCAUGAGGGCAGGGGACAAGGGCACCAGCAGCAGCAACCCCACCACCAAUACCUGGAGGAAACAGAACAGUGGGACCACAGGUGUCACCAUGGCUUAUGUCAACCCCAGCCUCUCUGUGCACAGGACAACUUCUCCGGUGGACCGUCAGCGAGAGUACCUCUUGGACAUGAUCCCUUCCCGCUCCAUUUCCCAAACGGCAAACACAUGGAAAUAAUACCCCAUUCCACCGAUUAAAUGAUCCUAAUAUUUCUCAUAGAUUAUAAUCCUGACUUUUGGACAUUUGGUUGGUUUUCAAUGUCAGACAACCAGCCAUUAAGCAAUAAUAAAAUUAAAAAGAUAUAUUUUCUCUCUAUUUCUCUUUUGUUCUGAGACCUUUACUUGUACGGUCUGAGGUAAGAAAUCCCUAUAGGCCAAUAAGUGUGUCCUAGAGGAGAACUGUACCGGGAUCAGUGAUAAAGGAGGCAUGAGAACCUUUUGUAUAGGCCUUUGUAUCCAUCUACUGCAUCCCUCCAGUACCCUAUGGUCUUUAGUGAUCUAAUACACAUGCACGGUGGUCAUGUCGCCCACCAGCUCCCAAUUUGUGGCUCCUAAUGGCUCUUCAAGUGGAGAAAAGGCUUUAUUAUGUGAGCUACAGCCUUUGUUCAGAGUUCCAGAGACUGACGGACACAUUACCCAUAGGAAGUGGAGAAGAUGGGACUGUAGACUUCCUGCGUAAUGCCAGAAAUUACAUUUUGACCUUUUGUUGACCAUCUACACAAUUACUUGAGCUGUGAAAAGCUCAAAGGGACAGUUCACCCAAAAAUGAACAUUCUGUCAUGUUUCACUCACCAUUAAAAUUUUCAUUUUUGGGUGAACUAUUUCUCACAUCGUCUCUUGAACAGAUAUGGGAGUGUAUGCAUGUGUAUUCGAUGUCAAUAAGUUUGUAUUUUAUUUUUCUUAGCUUAACUGUGGACUCAUUCCACCCUUUAUUCGAAAUGGCCUUUUUUUAAAGGCUUCGAGUUUAAAAGGUAUUGUUAUAUUGUUGAGGUGGUUAUACAUCUGCUGGUGUAAUGUUUAUUUUUGGAUACUUUGGGUUGUUUUUCUUUGUAAGCUUAUAAAAGACAAGAAUUGUGCAUCAGGGAUGGUUACAGAGAUGGACUAACUAACUAAAGCAGCAGCCACAACAGGACUACUAGACCUACAACAUUUGUUGAUAUCAGUUAUAACAGGAAAAUUGCGUUAGAUCUGAUAUUGCAUUACAUUUUUGAUUAACGUUGUGAUGUUCUCCCCUACCCCAGGCUUUCUUAUAAGAGCAUCUAAUAUUUGGAUGUUGUAUUAUUUAUAAAUGUCACUUUAGAUGAAGGAUAUAUACCAUUAGCCCAAGUUUAAUGAAUUUCUAAACCCAUGAUUUCUCCCCAGGUAGUUUCAAAGGGUUACGAAUUUAAGAUUGGACUGUAUUUAGCGUAUUUAAAUGCAAAGUUUUGCUAGUUGUUCAUGUUCUAUCUACCAUUUUAGAUCCUGUCGGAAGUUGUGCAGACUGGCACAGCUUAAUCUUUCCUUAAAGGAAAUGUUUAAAAGCAUGACUGCUUAUUGAAUGUAGCACACAGUCACAAGUGAAUAGCGAAUUCAAAGUCCUUAUGUACCUACCUGUAAGGUGGUGGUCACUUAUUUUGCCAUCUCUUAUUUUCCUUUCAUCUGAUUUGAUUUGCUAGCAGUACGCUUGGUAUUUUAGCUAAACAGAUAUGUAUUUUAUAAAUGACAGCUUGGGUCCUUAGUCAUUGCAGUCCAACAAACAUGUCAUGUUAGUUAUGCUUGCGUCAGUUUUAGUUUUUCUACACUUUAUCUUUUUACGAUGAUCCAUUCAAAGAUCUUGAAUGCCUGUGGAGUGUUUCGGACAUGGAGGCCCUUGUUUCAGACUGCUGUUCUGACUACUGCUGCUGACAACUAACACCAUUCCAUUUUCCUGGGAUGCCAGCAUUGUUUAUCGUAUCGCAUCCCUUUUAUGAAUUGUUUAAAAAAAAAAAAACAUUGUCUUUUUCAUCCAUUUCUGCUUUAUCAGUUAAUAAUUAUAAUAAAAACUAAUUUUAACCUG